GCCGAGCGCGGCUCCGGCUCCGGCUCCGGCUCCGGCCACGCUGCCCUCCGCGGCAGCCACCUGGGGAUCCGAGCGAGCGGAUGUCCUUGCCAAAAGGAACCAUGAGUUGGCAUUUUCCCUUCUUCCUCUUGGCCACCGUGACUUUGCCAUCCGUCUGCUCCCAGUUCAACCCUCUGUCUCUUGAGGAACUAGGCUCCAACAUGGGGAUCCAAGUUUUCAAUCAGAUUGUGAAAUCGCAACCUCACGACAACAUCGUCAUUUCCCCCCACGGGAUUGCAUCAGUGCUGGGGAUGCUGCAGCUCGGGGCAGAUGGCAAGACGAAGAAGCAGCUCACCACAGCCAUGAGAUAUAGUGUGAAUGGAGUUGGUAAAGUGUUAAAGAAGAUCAACAAAGCCAUCGUCUCCAAGAAAAACAAAGAUAUUGUGACCACAGCUAACGCAGUGUUCGUGAAGAGUGGCUUUAAAAUGGAAAUGCCUUUCAUCACGAGGAAUAAAGACGUGUUCCGCUGUGAAGUCCGGAACGUGAACUUCGAGGACCCGGCCUCCGCCUGUGAUUCUGUCAACACGUGGGUGAAAAACGAAACCCGGGGUAUGAUCGACACUCUGCUGUCCCCAGAUCUAAUCGAUGGCGUGCUCACCAGACUGGUUCUUGUCAAUGCUGUGUAUUUUAAGGGUUUAUGGAAAUCACGGUUUCAGCCCGAGAAUACAAAAAAGCGUACGUUCGUGGCCGGCGAUGGGAAAUCCUAUCUGGUGCCGAUGCUGGCCCAGCUGUCUGUCUUCCGGUGCGGUUCUACAAACACCCCCAAUGAUCUAUGGUACAACUUCAUUGAGCUGCCCUACCACGGAGAAAGCAUCAGCAUGCUGAUUGCGCUGCCCACCGAGAGCUCCACCCCACUGUCGGCCAUCAUUCCUCAUAUCAGCACUAAGACCAUAGACAGCUGGAUGAGCAUGAUGGUGCCCAAGAGGGUCCAGGUGAUCCUGCCCAAGUUCACAGCUGUAGCACAAACAGAUUUGAAGGAGCCGCUGAAAGCUCUUGGCAUUACCGAGAUGUUUGAUCCAUCAAAGGCAAAUUUUGCAAAAAUUACAAGGUCAGAAAACCUUCAUGUUUCCCACAUCUUGCAGAAAGCAAAGAUUGAAGUCAGUGAGGACGGAACCAAAGCUUCAGCCGCAACAACUGCAAUUCUAAUUGCAAGAUCAUCACCUCCCUGGUUUAUAGUAGACAGACCUUUUCUGUUUUUCAUUCGACAUAAUCCAACGGGUGCUGUCUUAUUCAUGGGGCAAAUAAACAAACCCUGAAGAGUAUACAAACGAGUCAUUGCAAAGAGCAGACUACUUUGCUAUGAAGAAGACUCCUUUCCUACAUCUUUCAUAGUUCUGUUAAAUAUUUUUGUACAUUACUUUCUUUUUCAAAACUAGUUCUUAGCAACAGACUCAGUGAUGCAAGCAAUUCUGUUCUGGGAGGUAUUAGAAGGGUAAAAGGGCAGACGGAUGGAACACUGUACUGAGAGUGAAUAGAAAGGCUUCGACAUGUCUAGAAGAUUCUUUAAACUACUGAAUGGUUACCUAGGUUAACAAACCCUCCUGAGUGUUUGCUGUCUGUUCAGUUCAGGAUUUUUGUUUUUGUUUCUGUUUAUUUGUGUGGCUUUUCAAAAGAAAUGUAAUCAGUGUGACAGGAAAAAAAUAAGGACAUUUUAUGGUAGCUUUUACUUUUUUAUGGAAAUAAAUAUUUGCCUUUUUAAUUCUCUUUCCCCACCUCCAUCCAAAGUCUUGAUAGCAAGCAUUAUUUUGGGGGUAGAAAUAGCAAAAUCUCUAGCCUCUCUGUGUUUUUGUUGUUGCUGCUGUUGUUGUUUUAUAUAAUGCAUGUAUUCACUAAAAUAAAGUUUUAAAAAACUAAUGUCUUGCCACACAAGAUUUGCUGUUGUGCAGUGUGCCUGUCACUACUGGUCUGUAUUCUUUGGAUCUGCAUUUUUGUAUUUUGUACAAAGUAAAAAUAAAGUGUUAUGGGUAGAAAAAGAA